UCGGGCACUUCUGGGUCGGGCACUUCUGGGUCGGGCACUUCUGGGUCGGGCACUUCUAGGUCAGCUUCGGAAUUGGGGACGAGAGACUCGACAAGGUCAUCAGUGCUCUCCAGACCGUUUAUGAGUUCGCCGUCGGUGAUGUCACCUACCCCAUCGCUCAUAUCGAUGCCAUCGUCGUCUUCUUCGGUGUCCUCUGGUUCUUCGACUGAUUCAGGGCAAGGAGGGCAAGGAGCAGGAGGAAAAGGAGAUGGAAGGCCGCUCAAGGAUAUUCAGCCGUCUCCCAAUCUUGCUAGCGCCCCGGGCGUCCAGCAACAUCAUCGACAACAAAACCUACAUCACCAGGGCCAGCAAAUGUGCGACAAUGGCAAUAACAACAAUAACAACAAUGAUACGGAAUCGGUCCGCCAGGCGAUGGCAUUGUCAUUCCUGUCAUCGUGUGGGAACCACCAGAUCCAGGCGGUGGAACGAUUGAUGGCACUACAGUUCUUGGUUGAGCACCAGUUGGCGGCAAUGCCGAGUUUGGAUCAUUUCUUUUUGGGGAGUAAGAUGUUUCGACUCCCGCCCCGGCGUAGCGCCGCCGCCGUUGCAUGUUCUUGAACGGAUUUUCCCUCCAUUCCAUUAUCUUUGCUGUAGGC